AUGAACCGGCGGAUUCACGGUCAACGGCUUUCUGAAAACUCGUUAGACGUCGAAAUACCAUCCUUUCCGGGAUCGCCAAGAUCUGUAGGAUCCUUACAACUCACGCCACUUGAUAAUAUAGAUAAUGUGGUUCAUUUUUUGCAUCAUGAUGAUGAACUUCUGAUAGCAGCCGAAACAGGAGACGUAGAACGGAUUGAUCAACUCAUUGAGAAAGGAGUGAAUAUACAACAGAGGGAUCACCUAGAGCGGAACGCCCUGCAUUACGCUGUCUGUAGUGGCAACAGACAAGCGGUCCACCUGCUCUUGCAAGAGGGCAUAGAUCCUAACGUGAAGAGCAACGUGGGGAUGACUCCGCUCUCACUUUGUCUUAUGAGAAGACCAUCUUGGCGAAUGGCAAACAUGUUGUUUGAUUACGGUGCUGUGCUUUUACCGAGAACCACAGCAAUGGAUACGGGUUUGUUCUUACAAUUUGUGAUGAUGUGUGAACCAACUAAAGAAGAUGAAAAAAUAUUACGCCUUCUCGUAGAAAAAGGCGCUAAGGUAAAUGACCCAGAAGCUCCAGGAGGACGUCAAGCAUUACAUUUUGCUGCUAUGAGUAACAAUUGUCGCCUCAUCAAAAUACUACUUGACUUAGGAGCCAAUGCAUUACUCACUAAUCACAGACAUGAAACUCCAAGAGAAGUUGCCAUUACAUUUAAAUGUAGAGACGCACAAAGGCUUCUAGGGGAGUUUGAAAGAACUCACAAUGUAGCCUCCGUUUCGCAGGCUUAA